UGACUUCCGCUGUAUACGGAAAAGAUGCUGGCGCCAUUUUCUGUUAUCGGUUUUUACGCGUGUGUAUUGCUGGUGUGCGGAUCGAGUUCUUACCACGUAGUUGCCUAGCGUAUUUAACAUAUUUGUGCUUCUUUUAAGUUUUUGAUUAGAAAAAAUAGAAUAUGGGACGUAAAAAGAAGAAGCAGUCGAGACCAUGGUGUUGGUAUUGCAAUAGAGAAUUUGAAGAUGAAAAAAUUCUUAUUCAACAUCAAAAGGCAAAACACUUCAAGUGCCACAUUUGUCAUAAGAAAUUAUAUACGGGACCAGGACUUAGUAUACAUUGUAUGCAGGUACACAAAGAAGCAAUAGAUAAAGUACCUAACUCUUUGCCAAAUCGUAGCAACAUUGAAAUAGAAAUAUAUGGAAUGGAAGGAAUCCCACCAAAUGAUGCUAAAGAGCAUGAAAGACAACGAAAUGGUGGUAGACCUGGUUCACCUAGUUCUGGAGAAGAUGAGCCUGUACAAAAGAAGGCAAAGCCUGAAGGUUUAUUAGGUUCAGCACCAGGAGCUAUGCCUACGGGUUCUAGUAUUAUGUCUGGGGUAAUGCAAGGAAUGACAACACAUCCUGGUAUGCCACCGAUGGGUCAAUUUCCACCACCCAUGCAUCAUAUGAUGGGACCUAUGGGCCCAGUAGGUCCACCAUUCAUGGGACCUGGUAUGAUGCCUGGAAUGCCAGGUAUGCCGCCAGGCAUACAACCACCGGUAUCUGGUACAUCCAUGCCGCCAACAAGGCCAUUAUUCCCAAGUGCUGCAGCUGUUUCCACUGCUGCAUCUACGGCUGUGACAUCUACCCCGUUGGGUACAGAUUUUAAACCAAUUACAUCAGUGGCUGGUGGGUCUAUAGGACCAGUCAAGCCAACAUUCCCUGCUUAUAGUGGUACUGAAAGUAGUACCACGACUAAUAGUAACCUUGGUAAUGAACAAAAAGUUAAUCUUAUUGCAACAACAGGGGCUGCUAGUAAAAUUAUUCAUCCCCCUGAAGAUCUCAGUUUAGAGGAAAUUAGAGCAAGAUUACCGAAAUAUCAACGGCGGCAAACAGAGGAAUCUCGAUCGGCACAGGCUGAUGCCACUCAACAGGCUGCAGCAUUACAGCAACAACAGCAGCAACAGCAACAGCAACAACAACAACAACAGCAGCAGCAGCAACAACAGCAAGCAGCUGCUAAUGUAGCUGCUGCAUUUCAAGAUCAGCAGCAAAGACAACAAGCUGCAUUAAAUGCUCUUCAACAGCAACAGCAACAAAGGUUUCAAAGGCCUCCACAAGCAGUAAUGGUACCAGCAUCGGCAGCAAUGCCUGUGAGCUCCGUUGCUCUUAUGGCACCAUUAAUGCGACCCACAAUGACCUUAGCUGCACCUGCUCUUAUUCAUGGAGGUAACAUGAUGCGACCGCCCCCCAUGGGCCUACCACCAGGUGGGUCGAGCGGCCAACGAAAUUACAUCUGUUCCAAUUCCUUCCACGUCGGGCAGCCACUUUGAUUUUGGACACAUCAUGAGUCUUUGGAUGUGAUAUACCUCCUCCCGAAACUAGAGUCAUUGGUAUCAGGAGCACGAUUACAUUAAAUUAAUAUUAUUACAAUCGAAAGAUAUUUGCUUUUUCAGUCAUACAAUCUAUAUUUCACGAUUAUUACGUGCGUUUUCUAUUCGAUAAAGCUUUAUCACUACUAGUUCUAUAUAUUCGGCCGCUCGGCCGGUUUAUCAUAUAUAUAAUUUUUUUUUUAGUUCUUUUACGUUUCAUUAGCUUCUUCUUUAUUCACUAUUUCGACUUAACCAUGUUCUUCUUAUGACUCACUUGCCAUUUACCUUGCCAACCGUGUUACCAUCCUCUCUUCAGUACUACUUAUAGCUUGAAAUCCUGGUGUUGUGAUAUAGUAGUGAAGAAACUGCUUUUUUGGGCACGGUACUGUUGUUCGAAGUUGUCAUUAAAAAAAAAAAAAUCGAAUUUAUAAUUUUCUCUAUGGUUGACUGUCCCUUCCUUCUUCGCCUCUACACUCCCUAUUUUCUUUCUUUUUUUUGUUUUUUUUUUGCAGACUAAUUUUUUAAUCUUUUCUUAAUCUUUCUUUUUUUUUUCCCCCUUAUUUCCAUUAUAUAGGAAGAAUGUCAGGAUUAUUUAAGUAACAUUACAGAUAUGUAUUUUCUUUUAAGUUUUUUAAAAUUUAUAUAGAAGAUAUUUGUAUUACGUAUUGUUUUUAUAUUAAAGAGAGAGAGAGAGAGAGAGAGGGAGAGAAAGAGAGAGAGUGAGAGAGAGAGAGAGAGAGAGAGAAAGAGAGAUAGAGAUAGAGAGAGAGAGAGAGAAAAAGGGGGAAGGGACUUUUAUACCCACCACACUUUAUACUGUGUGAUGUGGUUAUGGAAAAGAUAAAUUAACUAAAAAGAAAAAGAAAAAAAAAAAAAAACAAAUCUUAUGUAUUUUCCUCACACCAUAGCUUAGCUUUUGUGUCACACGAACAACUUUGCGUAAGUUAGAAUGUCUGACAGUAAGUAAAUGAUUUUACAAUACCCAAUAUAAUUCUUAUAUCCAUGCGUCUGCUACGAAGAAUUGUAUAAGUAAUUAAGGGGAUUUUAUAUUUUUUUAUAUUGAUUAUAUAUUGCUGGUAUGAUAUAUAUAUAUUAUAUGUGAAUCGCACAAUCAAAAAUAACUCAUUUUAAAUAAAAUAUAUAUAUAUAAUCUCUAUUGAAAUGUGACAAUAUAAGUUAUAUUGAUGCUUCCACAGUCAGCUAAUAAGUACUUACAGGAGUUAAUGACUUUUAUUAAAUCUUACAUCUGUGAAAGCAUUUUGGGAGCAUUGUGUAGGAAUAUCAGCUGGCAGCCGAACGGUAAAAAUUAAUUUACAAAUUGAAAAUCAAUUAUAAUAAGGAUAUUCAGUGUAUGGUGUGAGGUUUUGUGUGGUACCACCUUUGUCAGUUUGUUGUGACUUGUAUUGUGUAUGCGGCACACUGCAUGCUAAGUUGAGUUCCUCUUAUAGUUUGGCAAAUCGCAUUCAUUGAAGUUGCUAGAUAGACGUAGGUGGUCUGCCAACCACAAACCCAUAUUGGGUGUAUAUUGUAGUUAUAGAAAAAUCUACUUUAUCGUUUUAACUUUUGGUUGAGAAAUAUAUAUAUAUAUGGUUCAAAUUGAAAUGUAAUCUGUAUUUAUAUAACUAAUUUUUUCAUAUCUGGUCUUGAUAAAAAUUACAAUGCUUAGCUAUUUUUAAAACGCAAUGCCGAAUUUAUUAUUGGAUAUUAGACUAAUAAAAUAAAGAGAGUAACUAAAUAUAUUAUCGUUUUGAUAAACAAACACGUUCCAUGCGAACAUAAUAUUAAGCAUAACUCUUUUCACGAAUCACAAUAAGUAAAGAAAUAUUUUAGAUCGGCUGUCAGUCAACUUCCUGUUCAGUAGUGCAAGAAUUCGCUUGAGAAGUGUCAGGCUCAUUGACAAAUGUUGUGAACAUUAACCAGGAUCGAAUAAUCCUAACUUGAGGUAUGAAAUAAUACUGCAAGUUGUACUCAACAUUUCCCUCAACGUCUGACAAUUCUCUUGUCAUUUGUCUUAUCUCUGAACAAUGCACGGUCUCCUAGAAAUAUUAAAAAAGAAAAGAGACAAAAAAAAAGAAAAAGAAAAAGAAAAAGAAAAAAAAGAGAACUACAAAACGAAAGUCGACAUGAGCAAUUAUAUAGGAGAGUGUAAUAAUUAUACAAGAUUUUUAUUUGAAUUGGACGUACACAUACUCACGGCGUAAGUAGUUGCACAGAGUUGUGUACAAAUAAUGAAUAAAGAAAAUGUAAUAGUAAAAAAAAA